AUGGUGAAAGCGAUGAGGGUUUACGAGCUGGGCGGGCCUGAGGUACUGAAAUGGGAGGAUGUGGAGAUAGGAGAGCCAGGAGAAGGGCAGAUUAGGGUUAAAAACAAGGCGAUCGGGCUCAACUUCAUUGAUACUUAUUUCCGCAAAGGAGUCUACAAAGCUCCCAAUUUUCCAUUCACACCAGUUUGCGUGGAGGCUGCCGGAGAGGUGAUAGCUGUGGGGAACGGUGUAACGGAUGUCAAAGUGGGUGAUAUUGUUGGAUAUUCAGGCAACCCCAUGGGAGCAUAUGCAGAAGAGCAGAUUCUCCCUGCCGAUAGGGCUAUACAUCUUCCUCCUUCAAUCGACCCCAUUGUUGCAGCAUCUGUCUUGUCAAAAGGCAUGACUGCUCGAUUCCUAUUACGCCAAUGUUUCAAGGUUGAACAUGGGCACACUAUCCUAGUUCAUGCAGCAGCAGGAGGAGUAGGUUCUCUACUGUGCCAGUGGGCAAAGUCCCUUGGUGCAACUAUUAUUGGAACCGUGUCAACCAAGGAAAAGGCUGCACAAGCCACGGAAGAUGGAUGCCACCAUGUCAUCAAUUACAAAGAAGAAGAUUUCGUAGCUCGGGUCACAGAGAUAACGUCAGGGAAAGGGGUCGAUGUGGCCUAUGAUUCCGUGGGAAAGGACACGUUUCAGGGAUCACUGGCAUGCUUAAAGAUCAGAGGAUACAUGGUGAGCUUCGGUCAGUCGUCAGGGACUCCCAACCCAGUUCCUCUAUCUGCUCUUGCGCCAAAGUGCUUAUACUUGACGAGACCUUCUCUCAUGAUGUACACCGUAACCCGGGAGGAGCUGCUAGCGACGGCUGCUGAUGUUUUCGCCAACAUGGAGUCAGGGGUACUGCGAGUUCGGGUUAACCAUACGUACCCUUUAUCUGAAGCUGCAAAGGCACAUGCGGACUUGGAGAGCCGGAAGACGACUGGGUCUGUGGUGUUGAUUCCGUGA